AUGGCCCUUCCCAAGCUCCAAGUCAACGACAAAAGCCCCAAAUGCGACGGCACCACUAGCCCCGACGAGACCACCACCUCGCCAGUGACACGCAAAUCCCUACACCAGAACAUCUUCGGAAAGCUACGACCAGUCCCACUCCAGUACCACUGGACAGUCUGGCACGACAAGCACUCGGAUUCGACCAACUACGAUAGCCGGCUGUUCGUGCUGCACGAAGACUUGGCGGACAUCGCGACCUUCUACCGGGUCUACAACAACUACCCCUGGGGAAAAGUCCGACUGCGAGACACAGUUCACAUCUUCCGUAAGGGUGUGCGACCGGUCUGGGAAGACCCGGAGAACCUCAAGGGAGGAUGUUGGAAGUUCCGCGUGCCGAAGGAGAAGGCCCAGGAGUUCUUCCACGAGAUUGCUAUCUUGUGUAUGGCGAAUGAGUUCCAGGCAGCUCUGGAGGAAGAACAUGACCAUGUCUUGGGUAUAUCGACCUCUAUGCGGUUCAACUCGCAUAUAAUCUCGGUCUGGAACAAACUCGGCGACAAUGAACGUUCAAUUCAGUUGCUCGAGCGUACGAUUCUCGACCGCUUGUCGCCAGAUCUGCGGCCCACCGGGUCCAAAACGUACUUUUAUAAGCGUCACGAGGAGAAUGAGGGAUAUCGGGAAGCUGUGGAACGGGCGGCAUUGCAGAAUUGA